AGAAACGUUAGUGAACUCUGAUACUCUGCUGCACUCCAUCUGUGUCAGCGCCAAAAUGGCAACAUCCAUGGAUUCGAUCAGUUGUUCGAUCUGCCUGGAUCCACUGAAGGAUCCUGUGGCUAUUCCCUGUGGACACAGCUACUGUAUGGCUUGUAUUAAGGAUUACUGGGAUCAGGAUUACCAGAAGGGUGUCUACAGCUGCCCACAGUGCAGACAGACUUUCAUUCCAAGGCCUGUUCUCAACACAAACACUUUGCUGGCUGAAUUGGUGGAGAGUCUAAAGAAAACAGGGCUUCAAGCUGCUCCUCUUGCUCACUGUUAUGCUGGACCUGGAGAUGUGGAGUGUGACGUCUGCACUGGGAGAAAACUCAAAGCAGUCAAGUCCUGUCUGGAGUGUCUGGCCUCUUACUGUGAGACUCACCUUCAACCUCACUAUGAAUCUCCUACCUUUAAGAAGCACAAGCUGGUCAAAGCCUCCACACAGCUACAGGAGAAGAUUUGCUCUCGUCAUGACAAGCUGCUGGAAAUGUACUGCCGUACCGAUCAGCAAAUUAUCUGUUACCUCUGUAUGAUAGGUGAUCAUAAAGGCCACGAUACAGUGUCAGCUGAAUCAGAAAGGGCUGAGAGGCAGAGGCAGCGGGGGGAGAAACAGAGAAUCCAGAAGAUAGAGAAAGAGAUGCAGACGGUUAGACGUUCUGUGAAGUCACUGAAGCGGUCUGCACAGGCAGCAGUAGAGGAGAGUGAGAAGAUCUUUACUGAGCUAAUCUGCACCUUUGAGAGAAGGUGUUCUGAGGUGAAGGAGCUGAUCAAAGCCCAGGAGAAGGCAGCAGUGAGUCAGGCUGAAGGACUUCUGAAGCAACUGGAGCAGGAGAUAGCCAAGCUGAGGAGGAGAGACGCUGAGCUGGAGCAGCUUUCACACACAGAGGAUCACAUUCAUUUCCUCCAGACUUUGCAGUCCCUCUGCGUCUCUCCUGGAUCUGAGGCCUUACUGAGCAUCACUGUCAACCAACAUGUCUCUUUUGAGGAUGUGAAGAAAUCAGUGUCUGAGCUGAAAAAUCAAAUAGAAGUUAUCUGCUCUGGGGAAAUUGCUAUGAUCUCCGCGAAAAUGACAAAAGUCCAAAUUUUUCACCCUGUUGAGCCCUGUAGUCUCACGUCAUUCAGCACGCCUCAGUCUGGACUGUUAGUUGGUGAACUAGCGUCAUGUAGAAAUGAUGCCACCUUUCAGAAGAUAAGGCCUGAACCCAAGACCAGAGAAGAGUUCUUGGAAUAUUCCUGCCAGCUCACAUUGGAUCCCAACACAGCUAAUAACUGGCUGUGUCUGUCAGAGGGGAAUAGGAAGGUGACGUGGAGUCCAUGGAGUAAUAAGGCCCAGCCUUAUCCUGACCAUCCAGACAGAUUUUCCACCUAUGAACAAGUCCUAUGUAGAGAGGGUCUGUCUGGAACCUGCUACUGGGAGGUAGAGUGGAGCGCAUUCAAGGCUUAUAUAGCCAUCUCAUAUAAAGGGAUUGGCAGAAUAGGACGUGGUGAUGAGUGUUGGUUUGGAGGCAAUGAUCAGUCCUGGAGUUUGGUGUGUUGUUCUCUCCUUGGCUGUUAUUUCUACCACAAUAACAAACGGACUGCCAUACAUGUGCCCCGCUCUUCCAGAAUAGUAGGAGUGUACCUGGACCAUAGGGCAGGAACUCUGUCCUUCUACAGCGUCUCUGACACAAUGACCCUCCUCCACAGAGUCCAGACCACAUUUAAUCAGCCCCUCUAUCCUGGGUUCUGGAUUUAUGCUGGAUCAUCUGUAAAGAUACUGAACCAGUGAUUAACUUUGUUGAAAAUACAGGCAUGCUACUGUAUAUGACAUGUUCAACUAUCCAUGUUGCAAGAUUUUAGCAUUUAAAAAAUAUUUGAUCACUCUUCGCAAUGUCAGCGCAUAGUUCUGAUAUCUACCCUAAUAAUCCUCACUAAUCAUGGGAUUGUGGUGACAAUGGUCCAGUGCUUGUGAACCGUGCUCCAGGUUUAAACUGCUACAUAUGGUUUGCAUUCUAUAAUGAUUCAAAUAGGCUACAUGUCCCAAAUGAUUGAACAACUUGUAAUACGUUAGCCUUAGAAGAUGCCCUAUUGCUAGCGAUCCUCAGGAACAACCACACGAAUGUGACAGAGGAAAGAAAGUUAAACUAACAAUGCAAUGGAAUGAUUCAAAAUGUAAGGAAAUGAACACUAAAGUCAAUGAGAGUUAUAAAUGUAUGUGGGUCUAACUGGCGGUGAUGUCCUAUAGGGGCUAAUAUUUAACACGAUUCAAAUUGUAAAGAAUACUGUGAAAAGUCCGGGCAUAUAAUUAAAACAUUCUAGAGAUCCUAAAUCAACUGAUUUGGCGCUGUAGUGUCAUUUGCACAUGGCUACAGAAGGCUAUAGCUUGGGUCUCCAAAUUGCAUCCCAUUAUUAGACCAGUAUUUCAUAAAUGUCACUGUGGAAAAGGUGAUUUGUUGAUAUGCUUCAGUUUGCUGCCGUAUGACUGGUUUCACAUUUGUCUCAAGGUAAAAUAGCUCUAAAACAAUUGUCAUUUAUGUUUACAAUUCCCUUAUCGAAACCGCUCACUCACUUAUUUACUCUUAUCAAUAGCUCCUAUCAAUUUGUAAAUGACAGUGAAUGAGGAAUGGUGUUAUUUCUAUCAGAAAACAAAUAAAUGAGAUGUUCCACUUGGAACUGACAGGUU